UCACGCGCACCGCCCAUGGCCACUGAAGCAGCGAGCCUCUCCCACUCCCAGCCCGUCGCCGGCGCUGCCUUCCUCUACCGCCGCUCUCAUCCGUCCCUCUCUGCCCCCUCCUACGCCCACCUCUCCCCAAUGCCUCCGCGUCGGAGCUCCGCAAGCGACAAGACUCGUCCCCACUCCUCUUCUCCCGACUGCCGCCGCCGCCGUUGAGGACGCGAAUCUCCUCUCCCUCCGCAGCUUGUCCGGCCGUCCACUCCGUACCCUCGCAGGACUCCUACUAGGUAAGGUAGGUCCUCGCCGCUCGCCGCACCCCCUUUUCCCUCCCUACUCGUCUUAAUAAGUUAAUUAAUUAAUAAAUUGGUUAUCUACUUCCUGAAUCUGUCAGCCAAGCAGCAUAGAAAGAACUUAUUUCUUUGGAAAUCUAAGAAAUAGACCAACUGUGCGAAAUCGAAAAUAUUGUAGGCGACACAGUCACGGCAACCCCACUUGUUAGUGAUAAUUACUGCACCAUAUCCCGUAGCAGUGCUACCGGUACAAAUUACUGUCUUUGAAGAUGCAAACUGCCAUGUAGUCCUGAGAGGCUUACAAGAUCACGAUUUUAUUCAUUGCCGAGAGAUUCUUUCGCAUAUGCUUUGUGACCUGUGUCUAAUUGAUUGCAUUCACCUGGACAUAGGUAGUGGUGCCUUUCUCUGGAACUAUGCCCCAUACAGGAAUACUGCAAACUAUGUAGGAGAACCGCGUGUCAUUUUAUCAAGAAGAGCAUUCCUUUUAACUUAUUGGGACCAUUUGAACUUAUCAGCACCAUUUUUUUUAUGAGAGAUGCCAAUGCUCAAAUGCCUGAAAUCUGGUAAAACUCGGUCGACCAACAUGAGCCACAUAGUGAGCAUCCGACGGUGAUUGUACUUUCCUGUGCCGCCUCGCCAUCCUCAUGUCCAGCAGCGACCCGCAUCCACCGCCACUGUGCUGGCCCAUCCAAGCUUUUAGUUCCCCGCCACCAGCACCACGGAUCACCAAUCACUGAUCUUCCACGAACCAUUUGCUGGCAUCACCAGUCUGGCUUGCAUCCAUGGCCCUUCCUCUAAGACUGACACUGCCACCACCUGCCACACAUAAAAACACACCGGGUGAAUUGAAAUCCCCGCAAUUUCAACGCCUGAAGCAUAGGGUGUGUGUUUUUUAAAACUGCUACUCAUUAGUUUUUUAUCAUUCUGUUGAGUAGAUUGAGAAGGAACUGAACAAUGGCUGCAUGCGGACUCUUUUGCAUAGUGGAAAUCAUGAUGUUCGAACUAUUAAUUGAUGGCUAAAUGUUGUGUUAUCAUCUGCUGGUAGUUGAAUUUCUACGAACUUAACUUCAUAUUUUCGUUUACCUAUAAACUGAGUUCACUUAAUGGUUUCCAUGUUACAGCAAUUGCUGUCCUGGCUUAAAGUUCUGUUAUGAAAAUGAAAUGAGUGUGUGACCUGAAUGUUAAUAGUUUGCUGUGAGCACUCCUUUUUUGUGGAUUUUUUUGAAGAAUGCUGUUAGUGUAAAUUGGCCAUCGAACACUAUCAAAUUGAGUACAUAUGAUUAGUUCCCUGCAACAAAUAAAAUCAAAAUUUGGAAGUUUUACUAUAGUACACCAAUAAUGUUCUGAAUCAUAACAGUAUCUUUAAGUAACAGUCAUUAUUUAUAUAAGUGUCCCACUGUAAAUUUUGCCUUGUUAAAAUGAUUAUAUCGGUGGGCUGUGGUUACCACACCUUUUUGGCAACAUAACUGAAAUUACUAUUUGUUCUCUAAUUUUGCUCCAGCUUCACCAGCCCAUUUGGAAAUAUGUUAACUGUUAUGCUGGUUGUGGUCUAAAUUGUAUGCAUCAUAUUCCAUAACUUAUCGAUUUGUGAUCAAGGAACAGCUUCUAUAAUAUAUUGGAACAGGAUGCACUCUUUCUGAAGAUAUCACUUAACUGAAACUGUGAACUUCAGUUUAAUAACACUGAAAAUUACUCUUUCUUCUGAGUUCUGAUUGUAUAAUCUUUGGAAAAGUAUGCCCCUUGGUUCUCUUACCUACACCCUCCUCUCUCCACAUCACCUUAUCCAUGGACAGCGGGAGGUAGAGACUUUAAGUUCAAGAGGGGAUGUUAUGUUCUCUAUUAACCUAUUUUUCAUAUCUAAUCUGAUUGUGAAUGUUAGUAUUUUUUUUUGUGGAUGAUGACAGAGUAUCUGACGAUGUAUUCGAAGCACCUCAACAAUAGCUGGAGUGAAAUUUGAACCACUAAGAGAAAUUUUAUCUGGUAUAGAAAAUUAAAUCGUUGUUGACUAAUCAUUAGAAAGGUCACCCUGCUGCUUGAUUUCUCCCUCAUGUAACACCUUAAUGUUUCUUCUCUGCCCCUCCCCUGUUUUCUUUUGCUUCCCCUGCCACCCGUCGGACACCGAUCGAUCUGUUAGUAUGCAGCCUAUGUAAUCCCUGGUCAUUUAGGCCUGGCGCCAUUCAUACCCUUUUCCAAAUGUAAAAUAAGGUGGGAUUGCACUUGCACCCCUCUUGGAUUUUCUCGAUGAAAAAAAAACUAAUCAUUAGGGAUGCAAAUGUUUUAAACCGCACAACAGAACAAGCAACCAUGUAGGCUACCUACACCGUAUUACAGAACAAACAACCAUGUAGGCUAUCAACACUGCACAAAAAAAACCUAAUCAUUAGGGAUGCAAAGUGGAGACCUUCAAAUUUGGGAUUUAGUAUAUGGCCUGGUCCUUCAGCAAGAUGUCCUAGAUCAACACCGAUGGAAACUCUGCUCUUCUGGUUCCUACAGCAGCAUGUCAGCCUACCAAGUUUUUUUCUUGGGGACUAUCAAAUUUGCCCCAUGGAAAAAGAACUUGACUGCGUGUUUGGACAGGACCCCAAUGGUUCUUCCGGCCAUUGAGGUAAGACAGUGUGGGAUGGAUUCUUCAUGACCAGCACUACAUCUAUCAUACCUUUGUGGCUUUGUCCAGUUCUCUGGAGUUUUUUUUAUCAUUUGUUUUGCACCUUCCUAUGUUUCUCCAUUUGUCAAGGCCUAAAUUCCAUCUUCAGUUACUUCUGGAAAAUUUUCUUCCUUUUAUUUGAUUCGGAUUUCUGGAUAAAGAUUGCUCCUUGGUAAUCACGAGGAGGACUCCUUGCCCAGAUGUUUGCCAAGGAAUGUACAAACAAUCUCAAGAAUUUUGUCGGCACUUAUGGUUGGUUUGGGCUCUCCUACAGUCCUACCAGGGGGUAGUUGCAGCAGUCGCUAGCCCAGAAGAUCAUUGUAAGUUUUCGGCCUUAUAGGGUGAAGCAAUGGUUCACGGGUUUCUCGAUCGGUUUGACUGAGAGCUUCUUUGUGCAAUACCAUGGGGCGGUCUUUCCCCACCAACCAAGUAUUUGUUUGAAGCUAGGAUUUGUACUUUUCCUCUUUUUUAACAAAAGGAUACCUUGCUCUCCUGUGUGUUCCAGAAAAAAAAAAUCUCAACAAUUUUCAAACUUCAGUUUUUGGUAAAGGUUAAUAGAUACCAAACAAAGGAUUCUAGUGUUUAAUACAUCCUAUAUUAUUUGGCUAGUGCCAGCCUUUGGGAUAGAAUCCUCUACCAAAUAAAUAGCAAAUUUAUUUGGAUGGAAGGAGUGUAUCUCUAAUUAAAUACAUACGACAAGCAUUUAUAUGGAGCAAACGUCAGAAGGUUAUCAACGGUAAGCUUGACUGACCUUGAGUUGAACAAAAACUUCCGUGGAGAUGUAUCUUUGGCAAUGAAUUGGACAGGUAAAAUCUACCUAGACAGAUGACGUUCAUGGACACUUCAGCUAAAUAAAUGAGUAGAGAUAGCAUAUCUUUCUCAAGAGAUAGGGGACUAGGGGAGUCACUAGUAUUGAUUAUGCAAAACUCGAAUCCCUUUUCUUUUCUAUAUAAGGAGGUACCCUUUACACUAAAACUUCGAACAAGUAUCAGAGACACCCUCUGUUAGGUGUCUGCAAUGGACAACCUCAAAACCCAUUCUGAAUAUGCCGAUCAACCUCAGGGGCCACAAGCAAAUGCCCUUUCUUUCGCUUUACCAACAGGUCAGGUCUUAGAUAGUCAUAUGAUUGGCCAACAGCACGCAAAUCUGUCAUCAUUUUGGUUCUCCCUUGAGCAGCACAGGCUGCAGUUGGAUCAGGUCCUUCAACUCCAUAACGAACAGUUGCGGGUGUCACUGCAGAAGCAAAUAUCUAUGCACAAUGCAACUCUACUGAACCUUGUGGAAUCUGUGACAAGAGAUGUGCUGAUGCAAAAGCAUGAUGAGAUAGCCAGCCUGCGAAUACAGUUGCAGAAGAAGCAAGAGGAUCUAGAAACAACAUUACAUGACAGAGAUGAGUGGAUGAAGGUCGCUGUGGCCGCAUAUGAAAUUAAUCAGUCACUUAUCCAUAUGCUUCGUACCGUGCAGGAAGCAAAUUCGCAUGUUUCAUCUAAUGAUUUGGAUGCUCCAAGUUAUAGAGGUGAAGCAUCGAGCACGGCGAGAACAGCAGUGGAGACAGCACAGCCCAAUCUGAUCUGUAAGGUUUGCAACUCUGGUAAUGCCUGUAUGCUCUUGUUGCCAUGCCAACACCUCUGUGCAUGCAAGCCGUGCGGAGCCUGGCUUGCGACAUGUCCAAUCUGUGGUGCUGCGAAGACUGAUGCUAUCGAGGCUCGAUUUGUUUAUAACAAGUAAAAACACCAGAGCAGCAAUCAGAGUCCAUUGUUUCGGAUGCGUCUUAUAAGGGCAUGUCAGAUUUCCUUUCUGUGUUAGGUGUUGUAUUGUAGCCUUGUUCUGUUAUGCUUUCUCGUAUAAUGUUCUGGUAGUCUUCAUACUGCUGGUGCUAUGUUUCUGGAUUCUCAAAAUGCUUUGGUAUAGUUGCUAUGGUGUCUUCAGUUACUAUAUGUUUCGAAGUAUCUGUUCUUUCUCAGAUGGAAUUUACUUCCGUUUAAGUAUUGAACUAUGGUUGACCAGAUUAGGAACAGAGUCUAAGUUGCUCUUGAACAAUUGGUUGGCCAAAGUGCGCAGCCUUAUUGCUCUUGGCAGUCUCUUCCAUGGCUGCUCCAUUUCUCUUGAGACGCCUAUGUACAAUCAUGUGCCUGAAUGCCUGAUAGCAGAAGUAAACAUGACGUCCCGUCUCUGUU